ACGGGGCAUAAAGUGCGGAACCGUUCGACGACAGUGGAGUGAGUGAGCUUUAGUGAGAAGACAGCCAUCGGUAGAAGAAAAAUACUUUCACUGGCAGAACGGAAUACGGGUGUGUAUAAUUUUUCCUUUUGCUCGUCAAACGCCAAAUUUUCGCAGGAGGAGAUGCACUCAUCAGCAUCACGGGGGCUGUGUUUAUCGGCCGAAAGUGUAGGAUCCUGUGGAGCAAUCUGAUCCCUGCCAGUGUCACUGUUCGGAAUAGUGUAAAGACCCGUGAACUAGCGUGAGAAGUGCUGUGGGUGCAGUUCGAUUGAUCAAAUUUGCACCGCAGAAAGGUGAAAAACAUUGAACAGUCCAUUUUUCCUUUAGCAGUAGCAGAGUUUUUCCUUCCCAAGCGCGGGUGUGUUAGUGAGUGUGUUGAAUUGUGAGAGGAUAUUCUAUUCGGUCGAUUAGUUAGAGUAAGUGAAAAGGCCAUAGGCUGGAAGCAGCGCUCUAGAUGAGUUCUAGCAGGUGCGGAAGAACGAGAGAGAGAAAUUAAAUUGGUGAAAAACUCGGUUAGUGAAAAUUCUCGCCUUGCCUUGCCGCUGCUGUUCUGGUUCAACGUGAUUCCUGCACUGCAUUACUAGGACAAAGUGUUGUAACUCGCGGUUACGGUAGUGUGCCGAUAGUUUAUCUAGUUAUUUGACAAAUUUAUUGCCGUUUUGAGCUUCUAGAAGAAAAGUAGAAAUUUGUGAUAGUAUAUAUAUGUACAGAUAGAUAUCGCUGCUGGAAAACAGUGAAGAAAACUCCUCGCCGUCGCUGGCACCCCAUCGCCUUUUGUCACGGCUGGAUUUACGGGGAGGAAAGUUCACCGUUACUCGUUGUAGUGGUGAUGUUGAAUGGAGUGCGUAUGCUGGUAUUUACAUAGCUGAAAUAUUUCACCGUCACUCGCUUGCUUUCUGCUGAGUGCCCGGACAACGACGUCAAUAUUAUCCUUGGACUUCAGGAGGAAAAUCAUCAGGAGGUGUUUUUCUGUGGCAUUGUUGUGGAGCCGAAACAGGAGGUUUUAUUUUGCUCCAGUUGGAUUGGGAGACAACCUAUUUGUUCACCGGGACACUACUAUCUGCGGUUCGCUGUGAUACCGAGACAAGCGACUGAACAAAUAGGCUAAAUCAACUGACCCAGAUUGCGGGCAUCCCUGGAGAUAUUCUGGCAGCCGGAAGAGAAUGGUGAAAUCCAGGUUUCACCGUUGGUCGUAAUAAGCACCUUUGGACGUCUAGGCAAUGACGUCACAGGCCGUCUAUUGUCUAAGUCUUCAGAUACGUCCUCCAGCGGAAGAAGCAUCCAAUGUGGUUUCCAGCUCAUCCGGCGGUGUUUCGGUCAGUGGCAAUGAACUCACCAAAGUGGUUACCACUUCGACUCCUACAACCGCCCCCGGGGGUGCCAUCAUCACCGGUUUGGACAGUAAGAGUGUCACCAUUUCGGAAGCGGCAUCCCGGCAGCUUCAUUCCCAGAUUCAACUUCAGCCGGCACAAGCGGCAUCUCAGACGGCGAUUCAGCAACAGCAACAUAGUAACAUCAUUCUGGUCCGUGGGUCAAGAUCCGAAAAUGGACAAAUCAUUCUUCAAAACACCCACGAAUUACUCAGCUUGUUAAACGACGAAGACAAGCCGAUUUUGUUGCAGCACCAACGCCUGAAGACGAAACCCGUCCCGGAAGUGGCGACCUCUGCCGGCAAUACUAUUUUGUUUCAACCCGCGAUUAAAAGCAGUGCUGUAGAUGGCACAAUCCUGCUGCAAUCGGAUGGCAUCAAAAAAACAGCCAUCAGCUCCGAGGGUGGACCAAUCUUCCUUCAGCAACGGUUCAGUAAGAACGGGUCCAGCGAAGGACCGAUUCUGCUUCGUACGCUUAAACGCAUCGAUAAGUCACAGUCGAUUUUGGUGAUUCGUAACGCUGCCACUCCUUCAGCUUCAGCUGCCAAUGUUUCCAGCACAUCUUCCGCUUCCAUCGUUGCAAACUCUGCCAGCGCCAUUACCGUCAACACUGCUACAUUGGCCAGUUCGGGAAAUGCCACCAUCGUUAAGGCAAAACCGCUGCAGGUACCGAGUCAACCUACGGUUGUGACACUCUGUUCCGGAUCAUCAAAAGCUACCAGCUCGGCCAGGGAGGAUACCGAAGGAAAGAAGGAGUCCAUUGCCGCUACGGUGGCAAAAGCUGUCCAGAAGCCGAUCAAUUUGCCGCUCGGUGCAGAUGGUGAACCGAUCAAGCUUCCGGAAAAUUUAGAAAGUUUACCACGGGCUGACCAUUUCCCGAACCAGCGACAUCGGUGGAAUACUAAUGAGGAAAUCGCCGCGAUUCUCAUCAGCUUCGAUAAACAUUCCGAAUGGCAAUCGAAGGAGGUGAAAACGAGGCCAAAAAGCGGUUCAAUGUUGCUGUACUCAAGGAAAAAGGUUCGCUACCGGCGUGAUGGAUAUUGUUGGAAGAAACGAAAAGAUGGAAAAACAACCCGCGAAGACCACAUGAAACUGAAGGUGCAAGGCACCGAGUGUAUUUACGGCUGCUACGUCCACUCGGCCAUUCUGCCCACUUUCCAUCGGCGUUGCUACUGGUUACUCCAGAAUCCGGACAUCGUGUUGGUGCACUACCUUAACGUCCCCUACCCAGAUGACAACAAAAUGGCGGUCAUAACGCCGAACUUGGCUCUGUGGGGUGACAAGAAGGAGUGGACCAAGGAGGAACUGGUCAGCCAGCUGAAGCCUAUGUUUUUUCCGGCAGUUUUCAGCGAGGACGAACCGGAUGCGACCAAUGAGAUCGAAAUCUCGACAGCCGAAACGGUCGAGGCAAUCGUCAGUCAGCUAAUGGAGAAACAACGGAUGGCUCGACAGUCGGCCCUGGUGAAGCAGCUGGAAUGCGGCUGUCCGGAUGCUAACUGUGUCGAUGGGAAGAGUUGCUCGCAUCCGAUGAGGCGAAUCAGCGCAGCGAAAAGUGACUUGGGCAAACGGAACGAUGGUGGUCAUCUGGGCGGAACAGCACCGAACGUGCUGAUUGGGUCGCGGAUGUAUCCUCGUUGGAUCGACAGCAGGCGUGCCCGAGAGCAACAGCAACAGCAGCAGCAGCAACAACAACAACAACAGCAACUACAACAGUCCCACAGCCGUAUCCUGGACGGCACCCGGUCUGUCACACCGAAGGACACACCAAUACAUUUUCAAGUCAUUCCUACCUCUCAGCAACCAAACCACUCCAACAAUCCAAAUUCAAUUAGAGCAAUUGCCGGCAAUCAUCAUCAUCAUUCGAACUCUUCGACGGUAGUGGUCAGCAGUAGUAGUAAUUUAACUCUCACCCAGCAUCUCAACUCUUUGAACAGUAGCAGCAGCAAUAACAGUAAUUCACAAUUAACAAGUGUCAGUAGUCAUAUUACAAACGGACUGUCCAAUGCCCAUUUGGCCGCUGUAGCCCAGCAUCACCAACAGCAACAGCAACAGCAGCAGCAGCAUCGAAGUCAUAUGAUCAUCACUAGCAAUAAUUCGUCCUCGUCCUCGCCGGCUACGGUACCGAGCAAUUCGGCCAUUAGUGGAGGCUCCAACAAUCAAUUAACCGCGACCGUUUCUAACAACGGCGGUGGCAGUCGUAGCGGUACUGACCCUAGCAUAAAUCUCACGGCCAAUGGCGAGAGCCAUAUAUCAAUGCUGGGCGGUCACCACCACCAUCAGCAGCAGCAGCAGCAGCAAUCGUCAGGAUCAACGGCGACCAACCAGCGAACGACGGCAGCGACCACCAAUAGCGCGACGGAGAACGUCAAUCAGCGGACAUCAUCGCAGCAAGAUGCGACCGGCAAUGGAUUGAUGGGCAACGGCAGCAACAAUAAUAACAGCAAUAACGGCGGUGGUCGUCAUCAUAAUCACAUUACGGUUAAUAACGGUGCGGUCGGCAGUGCGUCAAUGGUCAACGGGUCGAACGGGGGUGGAGGCGGCGGCGGAACCCCGUCGCUGGUAUUGAGUCUGUCACAGCUCCAAGGAUCACCGGGCAGCCUACUUAUCCUCAAUGGCCAGCAGCAACCUUUCGUUUGUCACCCUUCCCAGCAGCAGCAGCACCAACAGCGCAAAUCAGGCAGCACCGCCGAGGCUGGCAAAGACAGCAGCGGCAGCAGCAAUGGUAGCCACAGUACCAGCAGUAGUAUCAAAAUGGAAAAUUCGCCGUCCGAUGCUUCGCAGCACAGUCUAAUACCAAAACAAGAGAUUAUGGACUCGUCCUCGUCGCCCUCGAAUAACUCCUCGAAUGGCAGUUCGAGUAAACAGUUCUCGAGUAUGUUCGGAGGUUAUUCGUCAUCCGGGAGGCCGCUCGGGGGCAGGCUAGAUGGCAAUGGUCACCACGAUAGUUUGCCGUUUUUUAACGAGACGCUGGAUCUGUCGCAGGAAGAUAUUCAGAAGACGCUUAGCGCGAACAUGCCGCUGGGACAUGGUCACCCGGUGUCUGUUGGAGUUGGUGGGCAACCCGGUGGAGCACCGAACGAUGACGCGAUGAACGGGGAAAUUAACCCAAUGGAUUUCAUCGAAAAUUGUGGCACCAGUCACGAUGCGGUGGAUGACGAUGUGUUUGUCAAUUUGGAUGCUUUCGAUAUGCUGGUGGAGUUUCCGGAAUUGGAACUGGACGCUAAGAGUGGAUUUUUUAAUGGAAGCGAUGCUGGUACGGACGGCGGAGGGGAGGUUGAUGAUGGCGCUAGUGAUAUGAGCCACUUCAAGCUCUCCGCCGACAGCGGGAUUGUGAUGGGUAUGGGAGCACAUAAUGCGAACGCGUCGACCAUCACGGAUUUCAGUCCGGAAUGGGCUUAUCCGGAGGGCGGUAUCAAGGUGCUAGUAACGGGUCCGUGGAGUUCCAGCUUGUCAUAUACGGUGUUGUUUGAUUCGUUCCCGGUACCGACGACGCUGGUACAGACCGGAGUUCUGCGGUGCUACUGUCCAGCCCACGAAGUGGGAAUCGUGACAUUGCAGGUUGCCUGCGAUGGCUUUGUGAUAUCGAAUGCGGUUAACUUUGAGUACAAAUCGCCUCCCAAGCUUGAAACCAAGUGCGAAGCCAACGGAAACGAUAUGUUGUAUAAGUUCAACUUACUAAACCGGCUGGAAUCCAUUGACGAGAAGUUACAGAUUAAGAUAGAACCAGGAGAACUGCCCGAAGAUUCGAUCCUUUUCAAGCAAACCAAUUUCGAAGACAGAUUGGUCAACUACUGUGAAAUGUUGACGGCCAAAAUUUGGCGAUCAGUUACCCCAGGAUCUUGGCUCGGAAAACAUCGAGGUAUGACCCUCUUGCAUCUGGCGUCGGCUCUUGGCUACGCAAAACUAGUUAGAACAAUGCUUACAUGGAAAGCCGAAAACUCUAACGUGAUUCUUGAAGCGGAAAUAGAUGCGCUCAGUCAGGAUCAGGAUGGCUCGACUCCUUUGAUGUGGGCCUGCUCACGGGGACAUAUCGAAACGGCCAUGUUACUUUACAAAUGGAACCAAACUGCAUUGAACGUGAAGAACAACUUCCAGCAAAGCCCACUUGAGGUUGCCAAAAGUAAAGGCUUCCUAGGCUUAGUGGUCGAACUUGAGAAGCACGAGGCACAACGAAUUCACAACCGCAAAGCACAGGCACCGACCAGUUCAACAAUACCCACACUAGGAUCCAUCACACCGUCUUUUACCACAUCUUCCACCGCUAGUUCUUCCAUUUGUUCUUCUUCGAUAUCUGUUGCCACUUCCGGCUCUUUGACUUCUUCUUCCACUUCGAAUACUUCCACUUCCACUACACUCGCAAAUAGUAGCAGUAGAUCCACCCGUGAGGAUAGCAAUAAUACCGUUAAUGAUAACGAUAAUCAGUCUGGUUCCGGUGCCGGAUCGGAAGCCAGUCCGGAGCAUAACUUUAUCAACGAUCUGUUCAACUAUAACGAUGCGCUUAACAGUAGCAAUAGCGAUAGCAAUAGCAAUGACAACUUUGCCCUUUCGUCCGCGUUCAAUCCGUCACUUUCGCCGGCUGCCCUGUCACCGUACAGCGACAUGAAAAGCUCUUCGGCCGUAUCGUCGCUGACUAGCAGUAAUCUACACUACGCACUGGAAAACAACAACUCCAAUCCGAUGCUGUCAAACGCGCUUUCGCCCAAUUCCGAUAGUAACCGGAGCCACGACGGGGUCUUUCUGAGACCUGGAGCCGUAUUUUCGAGUGGACAAAGUCCCCCGGGAGCGCGACUCUCCAAGCGAUCUUCCAUCGAUAGCGGAAUCAAUAUGGACACGAGAUCGUCGCUCAGCAAGACUGGCAAACCCAUGCGGGAUCUGCAACGGAUGAGUAGAACUGAUCGCAGCAUGUCGCUUCCGCUGUCCGCCGGAACUGUUGGCGGCCAAUCGUCUCCGUUCAGUGCCGCGGCUGCUGGUAGUAUCUCCAGCAAGGGUUUCGCAAACAACAGUGAUUCGGACAAUAUUUCCCUCUCGUUGAACGACCGUACUACGGGUUCACCCUCGCAGGUUUCCAACACCCUCAGCAAUACUUCGUUGCUUUCUCCAUUGCGCAAGAUGGACUUUGCUCUGUGUGAAGUUUCUGCCGCCGAAACUAGCCCCAUGGGUGAGGAUAAUACCGAUUCGCUUCAGGAGGAUGAACGACACUCGACGACAGCUUUCGGCGCAUCGGGCAGCGGUUGCUUCGGGUUGCACCAGCAGCACCAGGAUAGUGUUGAAAUGGUCCCGGGGGGAGGAACCGUAGGGGACAAUGACGCCAAAGUAUUGACGCUAGCAGAACAGAUAAUCGCAGCAAUGCCAGAAAGAAUAAAGAAUGAAUCGGAGGAAAUCAUGUCUCUGGGUAGCCCAAUGCCGGAAACGCUCAGCGAAGACACAUCCGGAAUGAGCAUACUGAACGACUCUUUCAUGGAGCCACUGCUGGAUUCGUUGCCCUCGUCACAGUUCGAGGAGUUCAAUUUUGAGUUCAGCGAUCAUAAUUACAGGUACCACGACGUUGGCACACCCUGUUCCAGUCUAAGUCCAGCUUCUUCGGGUCCGCUCCAGUCCCCUGCAAGCUACUCAAUUCCACAAGAUCCGCCAGUAUGUUCUCCGAGUCCACCGCCAACGACGCAAGAUUUCACCGAAUUCCUACAAGCCACAAAUUCUAACCCGUUCGAAAAGGACUUUUCCAAUCUCAAACUGAAUGAUCGUGAGCAGCGUGAACUGUACGAGGCGGCCAAGUGCAUACAAAAGGCCUAUCGCUCAUACAAGGGUCGCAAGAGUCGCAUGGAGGAGCAGGACAAGGAACGUUCCGCCGCCGUAAUCAUUCAGAACUAUUACCGCCGGUACAAACAGUACGCAUACUAUCGCCAAAUGACGCAGGCAGCUGUUAUCAUCCAAAACGGCUACCGAUCAUACUGCGAGAACAAGCGGUUCAAAAAGUCACUAUCUGCUCACUCCAAUCCGUCCGGUAGCGGAAACGGAGAAAGCCCCGAAGAGGCGGCUUCCACGUCGCAGUGCAUACAGAACUACUACCGAACGUACAAGAAUGAACAAAGACAGCAGCAGCAGCAGUCGCCCCAGCAGCAACAGCAGAACAAUCAAGGCUCCUCGAAGGAACCAAGUCCAUCCGGUCCGCUGAAACGAACGUAUUCGCAACGAACCCAAAACCAGGCCGCCAGGAAAAUUCAACAAUUUAUGAGACAAUCGAAAAAUAAUACUUGGGAUGAACAAAUGACUACCGUGGCUACAGAGAGAACGAGCCGAAAAAGAGAGGCAGGUCCACCAACGCAGGGCGGAGUACCUCCAAAACUUGCAGUAUCACGUGGCAGCAGUACCCGGGGUACAACGGCCUACCAUCGAUCCAAGGUGAACUAGAGGACAAGUUGCAGUCUAUAGAUAAUCAGCAGCAGGGCAGUGCGACAGAGCCGGCAGAGAGCAGUGCUAUCUAAAACACAUACCGAGCCCUCCAGUCAGUAAUAUUGUAAAAUAAUAAGGCAUACUGAGAGCAGAUAUCCCUAUGUGCUAAGAACAUAGCAAUGAGAGUGAGACUAUCAAAACACUAGAAUUUACAUUGUGAUUUGUUUUGGUUUUGGCAAAUGAGUAUCUGGAUUUUUGUUGAAAGUUCGCUAGAACGAACAUUGUUAUGAUUAUUAGCUUCAUUAUUUUUGCGUCAGUACAGUUGAUAUCAACACAAGAUGCACUAAACUAAAAUUAUUUUUAUAAAACAACAAAACAUUAGCCGUUAAUUUUGGGAAGAAUUAUUCGUUUCUGCCCAUAGUUCGAUUUGUUUGAAAUAUUUCUCUGCUCGCGUUCCGUGGUGCGAUCUUGCACACAAUGUUGCACGCGAUUGUUUCCUGAAGUUGCAGCGCGGAACUUUUUUUUCUUAUACGUUGUAAGCUUAGCUUGCGGUUUAGAAGGCAUCGACGCAGAGUUUGAAUGUGGAAUGUUACAUAAAUUAGGAAAGUAGAGGAAAAAAAAAUACGGGACAGUUGUUACGAUGGAAAUGUUGACUACUAAUCAGAUACCUGAAUUUUUAGCAUAAGUGGCGACAGAAUAAAGAUAAAAAAGUGAAAUAUAAGCAAAUUGUGAUUAUUGAAUUUUUCCUUUUAAGUAAAUCGAUUGUACUUCUGAGAGUUAUGAAUAAAAUGAAACAAUAGAUAGAUUAGUAGUUACAAGAAAACACAAAGAGAGACAAAGAGAUAAGAUAAAUUUAUUAACGCAACAAAAAUAAUAUUUUUAAAAGUAGUUGAAAAAAGGAUGAAAAUAUUUAUAGACAAAGAGAUACGUUUUUUUAUGGGGCAUUAAGCAAACACUUUAGAUGAGAAGAGAAACGACAAAAAAUGCGAUACUUACUCAGACGAAACCAACAGCCGAGCUAGUAAUGAACGAUAGCUGCAUCUAGCAUUCGACAGCCGACAGGCCGAUGAUGGUCGGAAGAAGAAAAAAACAGAGAGAACCAAGCGAUGUGACAAGGUCAUUAAAAAUUAUACGCGUCUUUUCAAAGGCGGACCUGCUACGGUCGGUUGCUUAGUCGUGUAGACCUCGACGAAGCAGGGUUGCUUUCAGUUUGGCUAGUAACAAGUGAAUACAUUACGUUUCAACGUUUUUUUCCUCUCUCGGGCUUGUUUCGAACUCUUUGGUCAGGGAAGCUUCUGUGGAUAGUGCUAGGUUCGACGCAAGCCUGGGUUAACUUUUCACUUGAAGUAGUUGUCGAAGGCAUCACAACCGGUAGCGCGUAGGAUGCAAUUGUAAAUAUGUACAGUCGGCAAUCAGACCUAGGAACAGGACUCUUUGGAACGGAAAAAGCUUUUUUAUUUUCUAUUUGACUGUUAGUUCUGUUAUUUCUUCUGAAACUGUAUGAAAUAUAUCUAUAUAUAAGAUUGAUGAAACAUAUUGUAAAUAGGCAGAUUAUAUACUUAACUAUUUAUCUCAUCUUUUACUACGAAAUAUUCGAAGGGAAUAUUGAUGAAAAUGGCUUGGUUUGUUGAUUCAUAAGCUAAGAUUCCCAGAUCCACAUGCAAACACAUUAGUCACACUACUUUAUUUACUAGAAGACGUGCGUCCAUCUUAUGACUUUAAAGACUUGUAAGUGAAUAACAACUAUGGGUCAAAACGCAUACGCAAAAGUUCAUCAAUAUUUCUACGGAGCUGAACAUUUGUUACAUCCAUUUUACUCUACACGCAUACAGAUGAAGCAUAUUCACAACUUUUAGAACAUUGAUAGAUGAAAAUGAUAGGUCGAUAAUAUAUUUCAAAAAUAUUCUAUUACGAAAACCCAUUUAAAAUCCAUAUUUAUUCAACAAAUCAAUUCAAAAUAAGAAAAAAAAAAUCAUAUAGAGGACGAGUUAAGGUCAAACUUAGUUAAUCCAACAAUUUUUGCAUUCGCAUUAAUCUCUAUAAACUAUGAUCAUAUUAAUCAGAGCAUGUAAAAUGCAAGAAACAUAAGCAUACUUGUAAUUUUUCGAUAUACUAUUUGCUAUCAACAAGACAAAAAUCAAACGCUAGAGAUAAUCUAGAAUAGCAAUCUAAGCAAUUCGUGAAACAUGAUGCAGUAAAAUGAUGAAGGGUACUGCGAUAAAACAAAACAAAUCAGAUAAAGUUGACUUCAAACCCCUCUACUACUACAUAUUUACAAACACGAAUAACGUUGAGCUUCUACACCUCUACUUUUUAAAAGCAAUCUCCUGUAUAGAAGGAAAUAGUAACGCAUCUAGCCUAGCAAAGCUGCGAAAUAGAUAUCAAACUAAAAAUUAGAACUACGCCCCUAGGACUAUGGGAUUAACUUCCAACGUAAGGGACACAAAAAAAAAAAAAACGUUUCCAACUUUCAAAGUUUGUUUUCAAGAUAGAGUUCUGUCACUGAUGCACUUUAAACAUAGAAUGUCAAAAAAGGGUAAAGCUUUAAACAACCAACACUACUUAACAAACACACAACCUAACAGUUUCUUCACACAGUUACUCUGGCCUAAACGAAUGCCAACUUCCUUCGAUUUCCAUUCGAUGCUAUCUUACAAUAAGGUACUACUACAACACAACUCUCAAUCAGAAUCACGGUAAACUACUAUUGACGGGCAACGUUUUCCUCCAUUCGCAGGAUCUUUUCAGCUCUAGUGAAAGGCUGAAACUACAUAGAUAGGGCCACCAUUCCUGAUAUUCUUGGUGCGCACCGAACAGAUGAAAUCUAAUUUCUUCCAUUUUUAUAAUAGUAGAAAGCGCGAAGCAAUUUCUUUUCUUUUUUUUCUCUAAAUGUUCAACGACUUUUCCGAAUCUUUCUCGGACUGUAACGUUAAAGCGGCAAUUAUUAGAACGAUUAUUAUUUAUUCAUUGGUAUUCUUGUUAACAAUAUUGUUGAUAGCUUAAGAAACGAGCGAAGCUUUGGUUGGUUCGGUUCGUAAAGUUCAAUCGUGCAAUUUGCAUUAGGUGAUAUGUUAAGUUUUAUUAUUCUUUCAACGAACUACGUCGUUGAAUUUCGCAUCUCGGUUGUCAAAAACGAUUGUGAGUUUUGAGUUUAGUUUUUGCUUCUAGGAUAUAAUAAAGCAUUUAAUGCUAUUUAUCGGUUAUUGUA